AUGAAGAAAACAGUGAUCGGUCCAAUACUAUUCGUGACAUUCCUCCAAGCCAUCCAACUGCAAUCAGCCCCAGCCUUCCUCCCGGACCUCGUCAAGUUGGCUGAUGGGGCCAAGGAUGCAUCGACAUUCGCCGAAGCUGCCAAAGGCGGUACUGCUGGAGCUAAUGCACUUCGCGAUGCUAACGAGUUGAAAUCUAGCUUUACCGCCGGCACUUCUGUCGGCGCACAUGGUGCUGAACUUGCAAACCCUCAAAAAUCUGCCCUCACUCUCGCUCUGAAACCUAAGGGUUCGACCGGCAGCUUUCAACAGAAUUCAUUAGAUUCCAAAAAAGUGACAGGCGUCGGUGAAGCAGAAGCGUUCAAUCCCCAAAAGUUUGUUGAAUCAGCAAAACCGGGCAAAGCACCAAAGGAAGCACCAGGCGCCGGGGGGGCAGAAUCAUCCAAUUCCCAGAAGGCACUCGAAUCAGCCAAACCGACUGACGCACCCAAGGAAGCACCGAAACCUGGAGCCGAACCAUUUCAGCCGAAGGAAGUUGAAGCGCCAAAACCGGGUGAAGCUCCUAAAGAAGUCGAAGCGCCAAAACCGGGUGAAGGUCCCGUAGAGCCAGCUCAUAUUAUCCCGACCAGUGAAGCCCCUCUCCCUCCAAGAGAACUACCGAUCAGACCACUUUCUGAUUAUCCGUUCCACUUCAGGGCCAAGGAAUGGAUUAGACAGGCUACAGUGAACAAGAUGUUGGUUCAUCUUUUCAAAUAUGGCGAAGGCGAUAUAAAAACAUGGGUCCAGACGAAUGAGUUUGCACUAGAAGCUAUGAAAUGGGAAGAAGAAGAAACACUGGUCGGCCAUUAUGCUUCCAAAAUCUUCGUAGAUAAAUGGCGAUGGGUUUUUCCGGAACCUAAGCCUGGAGAGGUAACCUUCACUUCAAAAGUCUCAAAAGGAUGGCAAAAGAUAUGGAGGAAUCAUCCCAACGGGAAACGCAUCACAGAGGGUUUUUUGAAGGCUCCAUUUUGGCCGAUGACUUGGAUGGCUAAGAGAGUUGCGGCAAUCCGAUCGUCAUAUUGCGUCGAUUUCGUCAAUUGGCUCAAGCUCAAUGCUCCAGGUAACAUCCGAGCAACUAUCCCUGACUUCAAGUUGGCAGAGAAAGCCGACCCACUUGUCAAGGAAUCAUCUACUACCACAAAAGCACUUCGCCAAUCCAAUCCUUCCUCUGCAAAAGUUCAUCCAGUAGACACUGAACCUCCAUCUCCAAUCAAUCCAAGUCCCACAAACCCAACUCCAUUAAACCCCAUUCCAACAAAUCCAACUUCGGUGAACCCAGCUCCACUAGACCCGAUCCACUCGGCAGGCACUGAGUCUUCAGGAGGGUUCCGAUCUUUCCUUGCCGAUCAGCCAGUUCGCAGUCCACUUAAUCCCGGAUCGACCGCGGAGGUCUUCAACAGAGGAAACAUUCAUCACACCUGAGAAAAUUGAACUGCAAAUCGAAAUCCUCUCAGUCUUGACUCUCUUAUUACCGCCACCAAACAAAUUAUGCUUCUGGAGUAAUUAAGUUUUGCUAGAUUUUUGUUUUUUUGAGGUCCUGUUCCUGAAAAAUGGAACUUCAUGUGUGGGAAAUUUGUGUAUCGUCUUAAUCCGCUCAUCAUUAUCAUUCAAUCAUCUAUUCCAUUUAUUUUCAUCGACUUUCAUUUUCAUAACAGUUCUUCUUUUUGUUUGUUUGUUUCUUUUUAUUUCCAACUAUUUCGACUGACCCCAAAACUCUCGUUA